UUCUUCAUCAGUAGCUCACACUACACACUCCUCUCUAUUAUUUCAUCACAAAAUCAAGAUUCCUUGUCUUCAAUUCAAACUUUAAAAAUUCAUAAUCAAAAUCCUCUCAAUUCAAUCUCAAAUUGAAGAAUUUUUACAAAGAUCGCACAAAUGGAGAGAAUCAGAAGAGCUUCACAUGCCGGUUCAUGGUACACCGAUAAUCCUAAGAAAUUGAAUGAAGAGCUUGAAGGAUGGCUUACCACUGCUGCCUUGGAGAAAUCUCCUGAUGUUCGAGGUGUUAUUGCUCCGCAUGCAGGUUACUCGUAUUCGGGUCGUGCUGCUGCUUAUGCUUUUGGAAAUAUAGACCCUACUAACAUCUCGCGAAUAUUCCUGCUUGGUCCUUCUCAUCAUUACUAUACUCCGAAAUGUGCUCUUUCAACUGCCACAGUUUACAAGACACCAAUAGGGGACUUACCUAUUGAUUUGGAAGUCAUUGAAGAACUGAAAGCUACAGGAAAAUUUGAGUUGAUGGAUCUUCGCGUGGAUGAAGCUGAACAUAGCAUGGAAAUGCAUUUGCCAUAUCUUGCUAAAGUUUUUGAAGGACAUCAGGUUAAAGUUGUACCGAUAUUGGUUGGUGCUGUUAAUGCUGAUAAUGAGGCUAUGUAUGGAAAGUUGUUAGCAAAAUUUGUAGAUGAUCCAACUAAUUUCUUUUCUGUCUCAUCAGAUUUUUGUCACUGGGGUUCUCGGUUCAAUUACAUGCACCAUGAUAAGAAACAUGGACCUAUAUACAAGUCUAUCGAGGCACUGGAUAAGAUGGGUAUGGAAAUAAUCGAAACAGGGGAACCAGAUGUAUUUAAACAGUAUUUGCAGGAAUAUGACAAUACUAUUUGUGGACGUCAUCCAAUUAGUGUUUUCCUACAUAUGUUGAGGCAUUGCACGACUAAGAUAAAGAUAAAGUUCCUUCGCUACGAGCAGUCAAGCCAAUGCAAAACAACAAGGGAUAGCAGUGUGAGCUAUGCAUCUGCAGCAGCAAAGGUGGAUGCUUGAAGGUGUAUUUAUAAUUCGAAUAAGAAACAACCAACAAUGUGCCAUCCUUGUUGAAACGAAUUUGUGGAUUUGCCUUGACAUUAGAAAAAGACUAGAUGAUUAGGUACUUCUUCUCAGUAGAAUUGAAGCACAAAAAAAACAAAGAACUUACUGCCAGAAUCCAAACCGACAAAAGUGGUUUGGUUUGAUAUUUUUCUAAAAAAUUCUGUUUUUCA